GUUGUAAACAUCAGCGCACCAGGAAACAGGAAACAGGAGCAGCGUGGAGAGUUGGCCGAGCGGUGGCUAACAACGUUAGCAUCAAACUCUGCUUCAUGUUCCUCCUCUAAACAACAACAACAACAACAACAACAUGGACAACACGACGGACGGGACGUGGGACAGUUUACCGGUUCAACUCAACCAGGGGAUUCUACAAACACUCAAUGACGUCAACUUCACUCACAUGACACCUGUACAGUCUGCUUGUAUCCCGCUGUUCCUGAGCAACAAAGAUGUGGCUGCUGAGGCGGUGACCGGGAGCGGAAAGACGCUUGCUUUUGUCAUUCCUAUUAUAGAGCUGCUCCUGAAGAGAGAAGAAAAGCUGAAGAAGAUGCAGGUCGGUGCCCUGGUGGUCACUCCCACUAGAGAACUGGCCCUUCAGAUCAGCGAAGUGAUGGGGCAGUUCCUUCAGAAAUUUCCACAGUUUACGCAGAUUUUACUGAUUGGUGGCACCAACCCGAUAGAGGAUGUGGAGAAGUUCAAGGAUAAAGGGGCGCACAUUGUGAUUGCGACGCCGGGCCGUCUGGAGGAUAUGUUCAGGAGGAAGUCCGACGGUCUGGACUUGGCCAGCUCGGUUAAGAGUCUCGACGUGCUGGUUCUCGACGAGGCCGACCGACUACUCGACAUGGGUUUCGAGGCCAGUCUGAACACCAUCUUGGGCUACCUGCCUAAACAGAGGCGAACAGGCUUGUUUUCAGCCACUCAGACUCAGGAGCUGGAGAAGCUGGUGAGGGCUGGCCUCAGGAACCCGGUACGCAUCACGGUCAAAGAGAAAGGCGUGGCUGCCUCCGUCGUCCAGAAAACACCAUCCAGACUCCUCAACUACUUCACCAUAUGUAGAUCAGAGAACAAGUUCAACAACCUGGUGGCGUUUCUACGGCAACACAAGCAGGAGAAGCAUCUGGUCUUCUUCAGUACGUGUGCAUGUGUGGAGUACUACGGUCGAGCUCUGGAGACGCUGGUCAAGAAGGUCGCUGUCCACUGCAUCCACGGAAAGAUGAAAAACAAACGCAACAAGAUCUUUGCCGACUUCCGGGCCCUGAAGAGUGGGAUCUUGGUGUGUACAGAUGUCAUGGCCAGAGGUAUUGACAUCCCUGAUGUUAACUGGGUGCUGCAGUAUGAUCCUCCCAGCAGUGCCAGUGCGUUUGUUCAUCGAUGUGGACGAACAGCACGAAUCGGCAAUCAGGGCAGCGCCCUCGUCUUUCUGCUGCCUAUGGAGGAGUCCUACGUCAACUUUUUAUCCAUCAACCAGAAAUGCCCGCUCCAGAAGAAGGUCCUCACAGGUGAAGUCGUGGAUGUGCUGCCCAAAGUGAAGGCCCUGUCUCUGGCAGACCGAGCCAUGUUUGACCGAGGCAUGAGAGCCUUCGUGUCGUACGUCCAGGCCUACGCCAAACACGAGUGCAGCCUCAUCUUCAGGGUCAAAGAUCUGGACCUCGCCACCUUAGCCCGCGGCUUUGCGCUCCUUCGCCUGCCGAAGAUGCCGGAGCUGAGGGGGAAAAGAUUUCUCCCCGGUUUCACCCCGACGACGGUGGACACGGAGACCAUCCGCUACAAGGACAAGAACCGGCAGAAGCAGAGAAAGAAGAUGCUCGCCGAGCUGAAAGAGCAGGAGCCCGUUCCCAGAAGGAGCUUCAUCAAGAACAAGGCCUGGUCGAAACAGAAGACCAAGAAGGAACGCAAGAGAAAGAAGACCGCCAAGAGGAAGCACGAUGAGGGCUCUGACCCGGACGAUGAAGACAUGAAGGAGCUUUUAAAAGACACUCGCAUCCUCAAGAAGCUAAAGAAAGGUCAGAUCACCGAGGAGGACUUUGAGAAGCAGAUAACAAGCGGACUGAAGUCCAAACCCAACACAGAAGGACCGUCGCACGGCGGCUCAGGCAACGAGGUCGUGUGAUCAGCUGUUUUGUAAAAAGUAAUUAAACCUUUGACAUUUGUUCA